CAUUCAUACGGAGGAAAGCGGGUGCACAGGCCGUGAGUGGAGCCCAUUGGAAGGCCAGCUGAUCAGAGAGCCAGCUGAUUGGACGCACAGCCAAUUGGUCAAUCACUGAUUGGACAGGCAGCCGAUCAGGCAGCCACUGAUUGGACGGGCAGCUGAUCGGGGCACCUGAGAGGAUGGACAGCUGGCUACUGAGAGCAGCACUCCUGGUUACCGUAUGGCUGGCCAGGGGCCCGUGGGCCCUUGAGUUCCGGCACCACCACUACGAGGAGCUGGUGCAGGUGCUGAACGGCGUGCACAACAUGUGUCCCUACAUCAGUCGGCUGUACAGCAUCGGCCACAGCGCCGAGGGCCGCCACCUGUAUGUCAUCGAGUUCAGCGGCAACCCCGGCAUGCAUGAGGCACUGGAGCCGGAGUUCAAGUACGUGGGGAACAUGCAUGGAAACGAGGUGCUGGGCCGAGAGCUUCUGAUCCAGCUGGCCCAGUUCCUCUGCGAGGAGUACAGAGCGGGAAACCAGCGCAUCACCCAGCUCAUCCACGACACGCGCAUCCACAUCCUGCCGUCCAUGAACCCCGAUGGCUACGAGGUGGCAGCCACUCAGGGCCCAGAAUUCAAUGGCUACCUAACGGGUCGGGGAAACUCCCGGGACGUGGAUCUGAACCGGAACUUUCCGGACCUGAAUGCCCUCAUGUACUACCACGAGAAAAACAACGGCAGAAACCAUCACUUCCCACUGCCAGACAACUGGGAGGAGCAGGUCGAACCGGAGACCUUGGCUGUCAUCAAGUGGAUGCAGAACUAUAACUUCGUCCUGUCAGCCAAUCUGCACGGAGGGGCAGUCGUGGCAAACUACCCCUUUGACAAGUCCAGGGAACCCCGAAUACGGGGCAGGACCACAUACUCCGCCACACCAGAUGAUAACCUCUUCAAAAAGCUGGCAAAGACAUACUCCUACGCACACAGCUGGAUGCACAGGGGCUGGAAUUGCGGGGAUUACUUUGAGGAGGGCAUCACCAAUGGGGCCAGCUGGUACUCCCUCUCGAAAGGCAUGCAGGACUUUAACUAUCUGUAUACCAACUGCUUCGAGAUCACGCUGGAACUGAGCUGCGACAAGUUCCCUCCUGCCUCGGCCCUGCAGGGCGAGUGGCUGGGGAACCGGGAGGCGCUGGUGUCCUACGUGGAGCAGGUCCACCACGGCAUCAAAGGCAUGGUCUACGAUGAAAACAACAACCCUAUCGGUGGAGCUGUGAUCUCCGUGUCCGGCAUAAACCACGACAUCACCAGCGGUGUCAGUGGAGACUACUUCAGGCUGCUGCUACCUGGAACCUACACAGUCAAAGCAUCUGCUCCACGGUACCAGACCUCCAUGAAUGUGGUGACGGUUGGCCCAGCUGAGGCCGUACAGCUGCACUUCUACCUGAAAGUCGCCGCGAAGGAAUCAAAUUCCAACAGAAAGCAUCCCAGUAAACGGAACCCCCUGUCCGCAAAGCCGCUCCCCGCUUUGCUGGGACCCAGGUGAACGCUGCGAUGCCCAGUACAGCACAUGGAGUCCACGUGGUCCCAGGGCUCCGCACGCCUGAGGAGAAUCGACCUUCUGCAAGAAAAAGCCGACCUUCUUUAUGGUGCCACGGCCAGCUAGUAUCAGAACCUUCGCAUUUGUUCAUAUCCAGUAAGAUAAGGCCUGUGUCUCUCAGUCGGUGUUUAUGUGCUGAACCUGAUCCUUAUACAUUAACAGCAAAAGACACAUCAAGACAAAACAAUCAGAUAGUAAUCUAUGGUAUAUUGAUUUUUUUUAAGGAAAUUUUCAUUAUGGGUUGAAUAGACACGGAAAACUUCUCAUAGCUGAAUAAGCAUCGAUUUACAGCCUGCUGCCAUCUGAACAAGACAUUUUGUGUUUUAUUCUUCAAAAAUAAAAAGUGGUGAUAUCA